AUGGACAACUCUACAAAGUGCUGCGCUUUUGAUGCACCCAUUUUGGACGAAGUCCUACCUCCUAUACUAUUCUUUGAAUUCUUUCUUGGCCUUAUGGGGAAUGUCCUCGCCCUCUCGAUGUUCUUCUACCACAGGGACACAUGGAAGCCCAAUUCUAUUUAUCUUGCUCACUUGGCUGUGGCGGACGCGUUGGUCCUCUUCUGCCUUCCUUUCAGGGCCGACUACUACCGCAGGGGCAAGGACUGGGUCUACGGAGACGCUUUCUGCCGUAUUUUGCUGUUUCUUCUGGCCACCAACAGAGCUGCUGGUAUAUUCUUCCUCACUGCUGUCGCUGUUGAUCGAUACCUGAAGAUCGUCCACCCUCACAACCGCAUCAACAGCAUGGGUCUGCGCUACGCCAUGUGGGUCUCUGUUGCCCUGUGGAGUCUCAUCAUAGCCAUGACUGUCUACCUGUUAACAGACAAACAUUUCUACUAUCGAAACAACCGCACACAGUGCGAGAGCUUCAACAUAUGUUUGGGAAGCAAUGCAUUGUCCGACUGGCACAAUUCAUUCUACGUUCUCCAGUUCUUUGUGCCCACGUGCAUUGUUGUCUAUUGUACAACUUUAAUUACGUGGCAGUUGAAGAAUAAGACACUGGACAAAAAGGGCAAAGUCAAGAGGGCAGUGCAAUUUGUUUUGGCAGUUGCUCUGGUUUUCAUCAUAUGUUUCUUCCCAAGCAACGUCUCUCGUAUCGCAGUGUGGGUGCUGAAGAGCUGGCAUAACGAGUGUGACUAUUUCCGUGAUGCAAACGUGGCUUUUUACACUACUGUUUGCUUUACCUACUUCAACAGCGUGCUCAAUCCCAUCGUUUAUUAUUUUUCCAGCCCUGCGUUCAGCGGAUCCCUCAAUAAACUCUUCAUGAAACUGCUUGGAAAGAAAAUGGAGGAUGCAGACAGUGAGAAGAACAAUCAUAGUUCUGUAACAGUAUCAGAUAAUGUCUCUUAA